AUAUUAGAUAUAGUCAGUAGGCCUUAGCCAUCUAGAGAGAGAAACAGAGGGAGAAUCUGUGGUGCCAGCGAUGAAGUUGAAGGAUCAAAGCUUUCUCUGAGGUCAAAGCUGGCAUUGGUUUUGUUCGCUCCACCAUUGAAUCACCAUUCUCUCUCUCUCUCACUCAUAUGGAGAUUUAAAUGCCCUCUCCUCUCCUCUCUCUCCACUUCUAGUCUCCCACUCUCUCUCUCUCUCUCUCUCUCCUCUCCCUGUUCUAUUUCCCUCCUCCUCCUCCUCCUCCUCCUCCUUAAUGGAAAGAAAAAACUGAGAUCUUUUUGGAGAGAGAUUUAUAGAUACAAUCAUACAAAUACAUGUAGAGUGAGAAAGAGAGUUAGAGGUAAAUGGUUGAUCCUCUUACACCAACCAUGGCUACAUCUCCCUCUCUCACUGCUGGAGAAAGGAAGCCCUGGUGGCUCAGCAACAGAAAGAUUGUUGAUAAAUAUGUUAAAGACGCACGACUCCUUAUUGCGACUCAGGAACAGACCGAGAUCGCUUCCGCUCUCAAUCUCCUCAACGCGGCUCUCUCGCUCUCUCCUCGCUUCGAACUCGCUCUCGAGUUGAAAGCUCGAUCGUUGCUCUAUCUCCGGCGAUUUAAGGACGUCGCAGAUAUGCUACAAGACUACAUUCCAAGCCUCAAGAUGGCCUCCUCCGACGACUCUUCUUCAUCUCUCUCCUCCGAUAACUCGUCUCAGCAGUUCUCCAGAGAGCGAGUCAAGCUUCUCUCAUCAAGCAACUCGUCCGGUGACUCCUCAGAUCACGAUCAUCCCUCUUUCAAGUGCUUCUCUGUUUCUGAUUUGAAAAAGAAGGUCAUGGCCGGCCUCUGUAAAAAUUGCGACAAAGAAGGGCAAUGGAGGUACUUGGUUCUGGGUCAAGCUUGUUGCCAUCUGGGUCUAAUGGAGGACGCCAUGGCCCUCCUCCAGACCGGAAAACGCCUGGCCACGGCUGCCUUCCGUCGCGAAAGCAUCUGUUGGUCGGACGACAGCUUCUCGUUCUCCAAAUUCCCCAUCCCCGGAGAAAUUACCACCGCCAAUGAGCCACCAACACCUCCCAAGACAGAGUCGGAGAGCAUUUCCCAACUCCUCAGCCACAUCAAGCUCCUACUCCGCCGGAAGACUUCUGCUAUUGCAGCCCUGGAUGCCGGGCUCUACAGUGAAGCCAUCAGACACUUCUCUAAAAUCGUUGAUGGCCGCCGUGGUGCCCCUCAGGGCUUCCUCGCCCAAUGCUACAUGCACCGAGCUCUGGCCUAUCGAUCUGCCGGUCGAAUUGCUGAGGCUAUUGGGGAUUGUAAUCGAACUCUUGCUUUGGACCCAAGCUGCAUUGAGGCUCUUAGUACCAGAGCCUCGCUUUUCGAGACCAUCCGAUGCUUGCCGGAUAGUCUUCACGAUCUCGAACACUUGAAGCUUCUAUACAACUCGAUUCUACGUGAUCGAAAACUACCGGGUCCAGCUUGGAAGCGACAGAACGUUCGGUACAUAGAAAUUCCCGGGAAGCUCUGUUCAUUAGCCACAAAAAGUCAAGAACUGAAGCAAAGGGUUGCUUCGGGCGAAACUGGGAAUGUAGAUUACUAUGCACUGAUUGGAUUGAGACGAGGUUGUUCAAGAUCUGAAUUGGAGAGAGCCCAUUUGUUACUCACUCUUAGGCACAAGCCGGAUAAGGCAACCAAUUUCAUCGAUAGGUGUGAGUUUGCAGACGAGCGUGAUGUGGAUUCGAUUAGGGACAGAGCAAAAAUGUCGGCAUUGCUUCUUUAUAGGUUGCUUCAGAAGGGAUACAGCAGCGUAAUGUCAACAAUCUUGGAAGAAGAAGCUGCAGAGAAGCACAGGAAGAAGGCUUCAGCUGCAUUAGCGGCAUUACAAGUUGAACAAACCAAACUGGAAGCAGAGUCGAGCACAAUCUCGAAGACGACACCGGCGCCACUGGAGGUGUCGAAUAACAAUCGGAUGGAAAACAAAGGCACAACAGCAGCAUCAUCAACGGUGUUUCAAGGGGUGUUUUGUAGGGACAUUGCAGCAGUUGGGAACUUGUUAUCUCAGGUUGGUUUUAACCGUCCGAUCCAGGUGAAAUAUGAGGCAUUGAGCUGCUGAUGAUGAUGGAUGGUUUAGAGCAUAAAGUUUUGGCAGUCAGAGGGUGGUUGAAAUGAAAUGAAUUCGAAUUAAAUCACAGAUGAUGUUAGCAGCAGCACACGGGGAAUUCUGAUCGGCCUUUGUACAAAAGGGAAAUUUUUUUUACUGCCAAGAAAAUUUUGUCACCCAUUUAAUUUCUAUAUCUAGAUGUACAGAGUUAAUGCAGUAUUGAAUUUUAUUUUGGAUUUGGUUA